AUGCUGCCUCCCACCCCCCUCUACGUAGCACUAGCUGCUGCGCUCAUCUUCUUCUCUUCACUGCACACUCCUGCUGCUGCUGCUGACGGUGGCACUCUCGCGGCAGGCCAGGCGCUAGCCGCCGGUGGCAAGCUCGUCUCCCGCAGCGGCAAGUUCGCGCUCGGCUUCUUCCAGUUCCGCCAAACCCUGCCAGGCAGUGCAAUCCCGGUCUGCACCCCGGUCUGGAUCGCCAACCGGGAGAGACCCAUCACUGAAUCCGAGCUCAAGGUAGCCCAGCUCAGAAUCUCCAGAGAUGGCAACAAACUCAUCGUCACCAACAACACCAGCACCGAUGAAUCCCCAAUCUGGUCCUCUGCUGUCACCAAUAGCACCACAAACGCUAGCAGCGUCCAUGCCGUCCUCAUGAACACCGGCAACCUUGCCCUCCUACCAGAAACCCAAUCCACUGCAGUACCCACCAGCUCCUACUUGUGGCAAAGCUUCGACUACCCAACCGACGUCGGGCUUCCGGGCGCCAAGAUCGGCUGGAACAAGCUCGCCGGUGGCAACUACUUCAGCCGCCAGUUCAUCUCCAAGAAGAGCCUGGUCGAUCCAAGCCCCGGCUCGUACUCCAUCAACAUCGACUCCAACGGGUUCACGCAGCUCACAACUCGCAACGCCCCGAUCGUGAAGUACUGGUCAUGGACGUCCGGGAGACUAGAGGAGCUCGUGUUGGCGCUGACGGCUCUGAUCAACAUGGAUCCGAGGACCAAGGGACUGCUGGUACCGGACUACAUGGACACCGCCGACGAGGUGUACUUCACCUACAGCAUCACCAACGAGUCGGCCUCUGUCUUCGUCCCGAUCGACAUCACCGGCCAGCUCAAGCUCAUGCUCUGGUCGGAAUCCAAGCAGUCUUGGGAGACCAUCUACGCCCAGCCUUCUGAUUUCUGCCUCACGUUUGCCGUCUGUGGACCUUUCACGGUCUGCAAUGGCAAUUCAGGUUCAGGCACCUCGUCGUUCUGUGGCUGCAUGGAGACAUUCUCUCAGACGUCGCCACGGGAUUGGGAGCUUAGUGAUCUGACAGGAGGGUGUGCAAGAAGAACUCCCUUGGACUGCAAAGCUAGCAACAGAAGCGGUACAUCAUCAGGUUCGACAGAUGUGUUCCACCCUAUAGCUCAAGUGACCUUGCCCUAUAAUCCCCGGGGAAUAGAAGGCGUCGCCGCACAAAGCGAUUGUGCGGAAGCUUGUCUCGGCGACUGCAAUUGCACAGCUUAUUCUUAUAGCAAUGGUAAAUGCUCUGUCUGGCAUGGAGACCUGCUUAACGUAAACCAGGCCGACAGCAAUGCUUUUAGCUCUCAAGAUGUUCUUUACCUUCGCCUUGCUAAAAGUGAUUUUCAGAGUUUGAACAGAACCAACAAAAGAACACCAACGGUUGCAAUUACCGCAAGUGUUGUUGGUUCUGGAAUAGUAGUGCUCAUGCUAGUGUUUAUGAUCUGGAGGAACAGAGUCAAGUGGUGCAAUGCUCCGUUACACGGCAUCCAAGAUAGCGGCGGAGGAAUUAUAGCCUUUAAAUACACCGAUUUAUGCUGUGCUACCAAAAAUUUCAGUGACAGACUUGGAGGAGGCGGUUUUGGUUCUGUGUUCAAGGGACUGUUAGGAGACUCGACAGCUAUUGCGGUGAAAAGACUUGACGAUGCACGCCAAGGAGAGAAGCAAUUCCGGGCCGAGGUGAGCUCGAUUGGGAUGAUCCAGCAUAUUAAUCUAGUCAAAUUGUUUGGUUUUUGCUGCGAAGGUGAUAAGAGGCUACUCGUGUAUGAGCAUGUGGUAAAUGGGUCCCUUGAUGCCCAUCUAUUUCAGAGCAACGCUACUGUCCUGAAUUGGACCAGAAGGUAUAAAAUAGCCAUUGGAGUUGCAAGAGGAUUGUGCUACUUGCACCAGAGUUGCCGUGAAUGCAUCAUACACUGUGACAUUAAGCCAGAGAACAUACUUCUUGAUGCGUCGUUUGCUCCGAAAAUUGCAGACUUUGGGAUGGCAGUGUUUGUAGGGAGGGAUUUUAGCCGAGUCCUGACUACGUUUAGAGGGACAGCAGGGUAUCUCGCCCCAGAGUGGCUUAGUGGAAUUCCUAUCACACCGAAAGUCGAUGUUUAUAGCUUUGGUAUGGUAAUGUUGGAAAUCAUAUCCGGAAAAAGGAACACGCCAGAAGUUUUCAGCAAGAGCAGCUACCAUGUUGCGUAUUUCCCGGUGCAGGCCAUCAGGAAGCUUCAUGAGGGAGACCUGCAGAGUUUGGUUGAUCCACAAUUACAGGAAGACCUCAAUUUGGAAGAGGCCGAAAGGUUGUGCAAAGUUGCAUUUUGGUGCAUCCAAGACAACGAAUGUGAUCGGCCAACAAUGGUUGAUGUUGUUCGGGUUCUCGAGGGUCUCCAGGAACUUGAUAUGCCUCCAAUGCCAAGACUACUUGCAGCUAUAACGGAACACGCCGAUGUGGAGUUAAUGUAA